AUGCUGUUGAAUCUUGGCCUUACAGCGGAUGCCGCAGCAGCCCAUGUACCAGAACCCCGACCUUCUGCCUGUCCUGUCUACUCGCCUACCUGCUUACUGUCUGCUCUACCAUUGUUGAACUCCUUCUACAGUCCUCCCAGACUCCCUGAUGGUUCUACUGAUUGUCCGGGGCUUGUAUCCGCUAUGGUCAUGAGUCCGAUUGAGUCAGCCUCGGACUCGGGUGAACCCUCCACAGAAUCAGCUGUUGUCGCCAGGCCCCAAGUCACCCGUUCAGGCACAGGUCGGAAAUCUCGACCCAAAACAUCAUAUCAGUUCGCCCAUCCCGCUGCUCAUGCUCGCCACAAGCGGUUGAGAAUUCGUCCUAAGCUCCUCCUACAGCUACAACAGGUGUCGCAAACCCCUCGGCCACUACCGGUAGUAGAUAUUCUACCAUCGACAUCUUACCUACCACUAUUGGCCCGCAAGUUUCCGGCCAUAUAUCGGACCAGAAAUGGAUUGGGCCCGUAUGACCUAAUUGUGGUGCUGAGUGAACAAUACGACCGGACUGUGGGCAGCAUUCCUGAGAAACACGUCAGCUCGGAGGAUGAGGACGAAGAUCAUCGGGAGGUGGUUGCCACGAUCUGUCAAAAGUAUCAAGAAGAUGCUCGACUGAAAGGCAAGGCGGAGAUAUGCCUGAACUUCGGGCCUGUCUGGGAGGCUUCACCUCUUCCAAGUGGGUCUUACGAGUUCGUCGCUCAGACAGAUAGCGGCUUGCAAAUCAUGCGGUGGGCUUUGCGUGGGGGGAGGAGUCGUCGGAUGACUACGCCCACAGCGCAAUUACGUGAGGACAGCAAACGCUUCACUUUCAGCGUCAUCGAUCCUACCACUCGCCGACAUCCCGUUCUCGCCUCCAUGACUCGAAAUCAGUUAGAAAUCAAUGAUGAAUAUUCCACGGCUGUUCGGUCCGGCACCGGUCCCACGACUCCAACUUCAGGAAUGUCGGUCGUGAGUGAUGCCUCGGAUGCAGAGACUCCCCUCGAUGGAGGCUUCGUCACACUUGAUGAUGGUCUGCGAACUUUGAUUGUCAUUACCGGCAUCUGGGUCGCCUUCCGUGAGGGGUGGUCAGACAACUUCCGCUACGGCGACCUAGUGUCUCCAUCGAGUGCAAAGUCGAUUAUGUCUCCAACAUCAGUGAAACAUUUAUCUCCGACGACCGCCAAAAAUGAAACCGACUCUUUCCCAAACAACGAUGAAGAUGGCAAACGCUGCAUGUCGGUUUCCAGUAUUCGCCGCUCAACCGCCCCAUCCACCGUGGAUCGAACGCAAUUCGAUAGUUUGUCCAAGCGCUCCAACUCCACCGGUGCUGCAUUCAUGGAUCGAGCGAAACGACGAUCCGCUUCUGGGCUCGGCACUCGCCUGAACCGACAUAGCAUGUUCACUGCCUUGGGCGAAAACGGCCGCGAUAUCGUUGUCUCCCGUCCUCCUUCUCCUCGCCAACCUUCUGCUGAGCUGGAGGACUCAUCUCGAGCCAGUCAGCCUAAACCAAAAUCUCCUACAAAGGCCCAGCCGGAAAGAGAAAACACCAAACCAAAUGCGGGCCCAAAUGGGCAUCCUCCUACCUCAAAUUCCGGUAUAACACAGCAUAACAGCACCCGCAAGAAGAAGCCCGAUUUUCUCCCCCCCCGAAGCUGUCGACUCAACUUCUAG